CGCCACCACCUUUCGUUUUUCUUGGAUAAGGUUUAUAGGCGUAAGACCAUACAAAUAGAUGAUGGUACAAUGAAAACAAAAAAUAAAAAAACUUAGCCUAAAAAGCUAUGAAAACUCUGGUUUUUUCCCCACAACCAUCUCUCUAUCUUGCUUCAAAGUGUUCUCCAUGGAACCCCAAAAGCCUGACCUUCAACCCCACAACCUUGCAAAACCAAAAACACACCAAAAGAACAUAUAAAAUGCAUGCCAAUGCAAAGGGCUUUGGCAGUGCACCAGCCUCCACUAAAGAAAAGCCUACAAACCAAAACUCCAACAAAAAUGAUCAGGAUGGCGAUGAGGAAAUUCCACAGGCCGUUUUCGAGAGGAUGCUGGUGAGAAUUGUGGCCUCCGUGGGUCUGCCGAUGGCCAUGGGCUUUGCAUUUUUGAACGUUUUUGAAGUGAUUAAGGAGAAGCACUUGUGGGACGUGCCACUUUGGCUCCCAUUCUUGACAACGUUGUUGACUUUUGGGUCGUCAACUCUUGGGAUCGCAUAUGGAGCUUUGUCUACAAGUUGGGAUGCAGAGAAGAAGGGUUCGAUUCUUGGUUUUGAAGAAGCUCAAAGCAAUUGGGUUGAGAUGUGGAGUGAGGAAGAUGAGAGCAAUAGUGAAAAAAAUGAUGGGUGAAUUUUGGACUAUGUAAAGUUACAAUUUUACCAUAGCUUCAAGCACCUUUAGUUAGCGUUCUUUCCCUCUUUAUAUAUGUGGCAUUGUGAUGAAUUACACAUAAUUUUUACCCUU